AUGUCCAUGGACCCUCUCAUGGCCGCUGCAUCUCACAAUUUGACCUGCAGCCGCCUCUGUCAGCUUCCAGAAAAGAUCCUCAUCGGUAUCAUGAAGCUUCUUGACCCUCUUGACAUGCAAUGUCUGAGGCGGGCAUGUCGACUCUUCCUGCGUCUGUACUGUGAUGCUAGCUUCGCAGAUAGUCAUGACGUGCAGGGAUUCUGGCAUUGGAUGUCGGGAUACCAACAUUGGCUGAGUCCUGACACAUCAUAUUGGCCUAAAAAAUCUGGUCCUACACUGAUUUCUCGCCUUGAGAGAGAUGUUCAACAUCUGUGCGGUAGCUGCCGCUCUAUGCGGGCGAAAUCAGAUUGGCCUUCUAGGGUUAAGGAACUGGACACAGAGUCUCUCUACUGCUGGGGUUGUAAGAAACAUCACCCUUCAGUCCUCUUCUCUCCAUAUGAGCGAAAAAAGAAAGAUGACCGUAUCUGCAUUGGAAGACAGGGACAUAUUCGUCUGUGCGAUCAUAAAGUGGUGACUUGGGAUAUGGUGUCAAAGGCAGCUGCACAGUUGAUUAAAGUCGAUGCUAAAUUCCGGGCUAGAAUCCCGCUUAGCCGUUAUGAGCACCCUGAACACCAUUCGAAGCAUCACAAAGAGGCUAUGAAAGUUCAAUGUCCUAAUGUUUCGCCAUAUGUCGAGAUAUAUGGAGUCGAGGGCCACGACCUUGUGUUAAGCUUGAAUUGGCAGGGUCACAUGGUCGUAGAGGGAGACGCACCGAUCAAACCUGCAGUGUUAUGCAAACAGUUGGAAGAAUUCCGCAAGGGAGUAGCAGAGUUCAUCGCGCCCAAGCUGCCCCCGGGGCGAUUGCCAGAAAUGAGCUGUUUCGACCCAAACCGUUGCGACUGUCUCUACUUUGAAGGCAUGGAGCAAUUGCCAGACUGGCCUCGACCGUUGCCCGAUGCUCUCAAGAUGGACAGCUGUCGAGCUCAGCCAGAGUCAAGACUAACAGCACUUCGAAACGCGGCCGAGGACCCCGAAAGUUGGGCAGGUGGUCACAAGGCUACGAUGCAAUUUAUAGCUAACUCUGGGUAUGGAGUAUCUGAGUUGCAGGUUUCCGUCGAGCCUUGCAUGACCGGAGAAAACCGAUGCUUGGCAAUUCGCUAUAGGCGUCUUAUUGGAUUGUGCUAUGGUAGAGACGGUCAGCACAAAUGGUUAGAUCAAGUCACACCAGCCUGGUGCCAAGCUCUAGAGCCCAAGUCUUAUGAACUGACAACCCAAGAUAAUGUCUUUUACGUUAACGCAUUGGGCGCCCUCCACAAAGAUCUUUACAACACCAAGAGUCACAUCUGUGAUGCAACACUGCUUGCAUGCCAGGCCAUCAACCUUUAUCAGUUUACUGGUCACAAUCAUACAAUGGCUGAAUGGACCUCUCAUGCUAAGGGACUGGCUCAAAUCCUGCAGCUACGAGGGCCUGCAGCACACACAUCCGGAGUCGGGCAUGCCAUCUUCGAAAGCUGUCGCAUCAAUCUUAUCAUCGCUUCUCUAUGCCAGCAAGAGGACACUUUCCUAGCACAAGAUUCGUGGAAAUCCUUAUCCUUGUCCAUCGAAACAAACAACCAAUUUGAUAGAAUCGUCGACAUUCUAGUAGGGCUACCAAAUCUAGUAGCGAGAGCCAAAGACCUUGGUAGCUGGGCAGAUUCAGCCAAGAAGGACAACGCCCGAAGCGCCUUGUUCGAACAGUGUGUGAACCUGAUGAGAGAACUCAAGGCAUGCAAAGACCCUCAAAGCUACCUCCUGUAUGGCGGAGGUCGGUUGAUGUUGCUCUAA